CCCGAGCAGACCGGAAGUUGACGUUAGCAUCCCGUAGCUAGGUCUGUCCGGUGUGUGUGUGUGUGCGCGAGUUCAGGUGUGAAAAUGUUACCUUUAUCUAUUAAAGACGACGAGUACAAACCCGCCAAGUUCAACCUGCUGCUGAAGCUCUCGGGAUGGUUCAGGUCGAUCCUCGCGGAUAAGACGUCCCGGAACUUGUUCUUCUUCCUCUGCCUGAACCUGUCCUUCGCCUUCGUGGAGCUCACCUACGGCAUCUGGAGCAACAGUUUAGGUCUCAUCUCAGACUCCUUCCACAUGUUCUUCGACUGCACCGCACUGCUGGCAGGUCUGGCAGCCUCCGUCAUCUCCAGGUGGAGAUCCAACGACAGCUUCUCCUACGGUUACGUCAGAGCUGAGGUUCUGGCCGGCUUCGUCAACGGACUCUUCCUCAUCUUCACGGCUUUCUUCAUCUUCUCUGAAGGAGUCGAGAGAGCUCUGGAGCCUCCUGACGUUCACCACGAUCGGCUGCUUCCUGUCUCAAUUGCCGGUCUGCUCGUCAACCUGGUCGGGAUCUUUGUGUUCCAGCACGGAGGCCACGGACACUCGCACGGGGAGGGAGGUCACGGUCACAGCCACUCCCUGUUUAACGGCAGCGUGAAUCACGACCACCACAGCAAACACGCCGACCGGCACAGCCACGGCGGCCACGACGGACACGGGCACAGCCACGGCGGCCACGACGGACACGGGCACAGCCACGGCGGCCACAGCCACGGCGGCCACGACGAGUCCCACUGUCACGACGAGCUGCUGCACUCGCCGGGGACAGGAUCCAGUAAACAGAUCCUGCAGGGCGUCCUGCUGCACAUCAUCGCAGACACGCUGGGCAGCGUCGGCGUGAUCAUCUCCGCUCUGCUGAUGCAGAAAUACGACCUGAUGAUCGCCGACCCCAUCUGCUCCAUGCUGAUCGCCCUGCUCAUCGGAGUCAGCGUGGUGCCGUUACUGAAAGAAUCCAUCGGGAUCCUGAUGCAGAGAACUCCUCCGUCCCUGGACCACGCCCUGCCCGAGUGUUACCAGAGGGUGCAGAAGCUGCAGGGAGUUUAUAACCUACAGGAGCCUCACUUCUGGACUCUGUGUACUGACGUUUACAUCGGAACAUUAAAGCUGCUGGUCGCCCCUGACGCCGACACCCGCUGGAUCCUCAGCCAGACGCACAACAUCUUCACACAGGCCGGAGUUCGACAGCUCUACGUUCAGAUUGAAAAGGCUUCCAUGUAGAAGCUCCUCCUCCUCUGAACACCAGGGACCAAUCACCUGCAGGCGACCUCUGAGGGUCAGACUGAGACCAGGGGCUGGGCAGUUAAGAACUUGACUGAUCUCCCAUGAUGCUCCAGCCCAAUGCAUCCUGGAUGAACUCAGACUGCACCCCCCCCCCCCAUUUUUUUUUUUUUUUUUUAAAUAACCUUACCUGUCCGGUUGGCGGGCACUGUGACCCCGCCCUCCUCCUUCUGGCUGUACUUUGUAGACUGGAAAAAAGCAUUCUGGGUAAGUGCCUUCAUCAUCAGAGACUAUCUGAGCCCGCUUCCUGUCCAGAUGCCCCCUCCCCCCCGUGACAUCACUGCUGCCAACUGAUUGGUCCGUGUGAUGUUACUGUGUUUUUAACGUGCCAAACCAUGUGACCAAAUCAUAUGACAAGUCAGUGGGUUUCAGUUUUUUU